AUGGGAGAAAUCAAAAUACCGACCAUAGCGUACAAAAAGGGUUCCGGUUGCGGCGUAUCCUGGUUUCCGCUAUUCAAAUUGUUUCCGGUUCUUCUCACGAUAGCGAUAAUGUGGACGGUGUGUGGUAUACUGACGGUAACAGACGUGUUUACUGCGGGACACCCCGCGCGCACCGACCUAAAGGUCAACAUAAUAGAGGACGCACCCUGGUUCAGAGUGCCAUAUCCAGGGCAAUGGGGUGUACCGACAGUGAGUGUUGCCGGCGUGUUAGGAAUGCUGGCCGGUGUUCUGGCUUGUACUGUGGAGUCCAUCAGCUAUUACCCGACCACAGCCAGGAUGUGUGGGGCGCCUCCCCCACCCUUGCACGCGAUCAACCGCGGCCUGGGUACCGAAGGUCUGGGCACCAUGUUGGCGGGCCUGUGGGGUUCUGGCAACGGUACUAACACGUUCGGAGAGAAUGUCGGCGCUAUUGGUGUUACAAAGGUGGGGUCGCGGCGCGUGGUGCAGUGGGCGGCGGCGCUGAUGGUGCUGCAGGGCGUUGUGGGAAAGCUGGGCGCCGUCUUCAUCAUCAUCCCUCAGCCUAUCGUCGGUGGCCUCUUCUGUGUCAUGUUCGGCAUGAUCUCUGCUUUCGGUCUGUCUGCGCUGCAAUAUGUGAACCUCAACAGCUCUCGUAACCUGUACAUCAUCGGGUUCAGUCUGUUCUUCCCACUGGUGCUGACGCGCUGGAUGUCAGCGCACAGCGGCCGCAUCAGCACCGGGCUGGAGGCGCUGGACGCCGUGCUGCAGGUGCUGCUGUCCACCUCCAUCCUCGUAGGAGGGGUGAUCGGUUGCCUGCUCGAUAACCUCAUACCUGGGACGGAUGAGGAGCGUGGACUGGAGGCAUGGGCGCAGGAGAUGUCGCUGGAAGCGGCUGGAGUCAGCGAGCAUGGCGACACCUACGACUUCCCCGUCGGCAUGUCCUACAUACGCAGAUGGAAAUGGACGACUUAUCUCCCUUUCAUGCCGACGUACGAGGCCGGCAAAUUCAGUGCGCUGUUCAAACGGAAAAAGGACAGCUGA